AUGCUGGGCUCGGUGAAGAUGGAGGCCCAUGACCUGGCCGAGUGGAGCUACUACCCGGAGGCGGGCGAGGUCUACUCUCCGGUGACCCCAGUACCCACCAUGGCCCCCCUCAACUCCUACAUGACCCUGAACCCUCUGAGCUCUCCCUACCCCCCGGGGGGGCUCCCUGCCUCCCCACUGCCCACUGGACCCCUGGCGCCCCCAGCGCCCACAGCACCCCUGGGGCCCACCUUCCCAGGCCUGGGUGCCAGCGGUGGUGGCGGCAGCAGCUCAGGGUACGGGGGCCCGGGACCGGGGCUGGUGCACGGGAAGGAGAUGCCGAAAGGGUACCGGCGGCCCUUGGCACAUGCCAAGCCGCCAUAUUCCUACAUCUCGCUCAUCACCAUGGCCAUCCAGCAGGCGCCGGGCAAGAUGCUGACCCUGAGCGAGAUCUACCAGUGGAUCAUGGACCUCUUCCCCUACUACCGGGAGAACCAACAACGCUGGCAGAAUUCCAUCCGCCACUCGCUCUCUUUCAACGACUGCUUCGUCAAGGUGGCGCGCUCUCCAGACAAGCCGGGCAAGGGUUCCUACUGGGCCCUGCACCCCAGCUCAGGUAACAUGUUUGAGAAUGGCUGCUACCUGCGCCGCCAGAAGCGCUUCAAGCUGGAGGAGAAGGUGAAGAAAGGGGGCGGCGGGACCUCUGCCUCCAGGAACAGUGCGGGGUCAGCCUCCUCGACCACCACCCCCGCUGCCACAGUCGCCUCUCCGCCGCAGGCCCAGCCGCCAGCCCCCGAACCUGAGGCCCAGGGUGGGGAAGACGUGGGGACUCUGGACUGUGGUUCGCCCCCUUCCUCCACACCCUAUUUCACUGGCCUGGAGCUCCCAGGGGAGCUGAAGCUGGAUGCACCCUACAACUUCAACCACCCUUUCUCCAUCAACAACCUGAUGUCGGAACAGACGCCAGCUCCUCCCAAACUGGACGCGGGAUUUGGGGGCUACGGGGCGGAGGGUGGGGAGCCUGGGAUCUACUACCAGGGCCUCUAUUCCCGCUCUCUGCUUAAUGCGUCCUAGCGGGGGGGUGGGAGCGUGGUGGGUGGGGCAUGGCUGUAGCUCACACCGUCAGGCACCUGCGGCCUGAUCCUCCCGGGGACACUUGGCUUGUCCUGUCAGUUAACAUCUUGGCUGGUCCGUUACUCACUGCGGUGGCUUCCGUCUCUGUGGGCACCGUGUUGAUCCACUGGCUACUGUGAUAACUGCCUUUGACAUCUUGGUGGGCCCGCUGAGUACUGGGAAGACUGCCAUGUUGAUUGAUGUUAUUGGUUGACCUGUUGGGUAUUCUGCUGGCCACCAUCUGGGAUGACAUCUUGGUGGGCCCUUUGGGCGCCGUGGUGCACAUCCCCGUGGCUGAUCCUUUGGAUGUGACGGUGACGUGGGCCCACUGGGCGCUGUGAUGGCCACCAUCUUGACUGGCUGGCGUAACCAGCGUACCACUGUGUAUCGUGAUGGCCACCAACAGCCCCUGUGUUGGCCGUGCCGUCACAGUCUCUGGUGUGAGUUGAGCGGCGGAUGGAGAUGAGGAUACUCCUUGGUUUUUUUUCUGGAGCCCAUCCCCUGCUCCGGUCCAGGAGAAACCAGAAAGGACUGGUUAGGGUGUGGGGAAUUUCUACUGAAGUCUGGUUCUUGCCUGGGAAGCGGGAUACUGGCUGUGUUUGACCAUUAAAGGCACCAUUUCUGCCUCUUACUGAAUGUCUCUUUUCCUUGGCGAGUGGGCCCUGUGAGGCUUGAACACCUGAAUUGCUGUCCCCUGUCCCCUCUCCUUCCUGCCCCCAAGAGCUGGCCGCCCCUGGGGGAAGGGCUGGGGGAGGCAUCGACCUGACCUUUGGCUCUUUGCUGUCCCUGACCCCAAGGACAGUUUGCUCACAGAUAGCAGCCCCUGCAGCAGUGGGGCCAGGGCAGCAGGAGGAGGUGGCUGUGGCUAUGCCGUGACCAAGGCCAUCUCCCUACCCCCACUCUCCAGACACAUGCCUCCAGCGCCGAGGUUCAGGGAGCCCAGGGGCCGCUCGAUUUUUGGUUAAGCUAGGGAGGAGGAGAAGGGACAAACGGGGUGCUAAUUGAAGGAGACAGGGUGUGCGUUACUUUAUUCGUUUGCACGUGUGUGUGUGCGUGCACCUGUGCUUCUGUGGGUCGCAUCACUACGGCCACUGAGGUCCCUGUGGUCUGCUGCAGGGCGUUCUCUAUUGUUUGUAUCCCUCAACUGUCUGAGUUUGUAUGUCUGUUCCUCCCCUGGGUAUGUGCUUACUGUCGGUGUCUCGGGAUAUCAGACUCGUGUGCGUGUUUCCUUUAUUGUUUUGUGCGUGUGGUUCUCUUAUACACCUAUCCCUGGGACCCUCUGGGUCUCCCUCUGUUGGAUAUGUGUCCCGUAUGUCCAUUUGUCUACAUACCUGCUGCCUUAAAGAGUCUACGUGUGACUACAUCGGCGUCGUGGGUCAUUUUGUGCUUCAUGUGUAUGUCUGGGAACCAGCGCGCGCCUGUAGUUUUUCUUUAAAGUAUGUCCGUGUUUGUGUAUUAUGCCUGUCUUUGCUGUGUGCCUGUGACGGCCGUGGCUGUGUGUGAGCGUGUGUUGACUGGCCCGGGUGUGUCUUGUCUCUUUCACGUGCAGGCGUGUGGGAAAGGAGCUGGGCCCUCCUUCGGGGGCUGGGGGCUUCUGGGAGCCUCUGGGUUUGGGUAUUUCUGUUCCUCCAGGUCUCUGCCCGGGCUCUGAGUCUGGUGUCGGUGGCUCAGAUGU